CGUACGACAUGGGAUCUACACUAGGGCAGUCUGUAGCGUGUCUGGUUGUGACUCUGCUGCUGCUGACCGCGGCAGACGACCGCCAGCGAAGGCAGCAUGGUAUGUUCCUGUACCAGACCUUGUUUUCCCCGCCUCAGCCCGUGAGGAAUCCUGAGCAGCCCAGUGUGGUCGGGCGCAGUAACAGCGUCCUGUGCGAUUCUCCAGACGGCACGACGGGCGUCUGCUACCCGGAAGAGGAGUGUGAGCAGCUGGGCGGGCUGUCACUGGCCCCCUGCGACGACCAGCAGCGAGUCUGCUGCCUGGUGGAAAAGAGUUGUCGAAAUGUAACAAGUGAAGUGGUAUCAUACUUCGUGAAUCCCAGCUACCCAAAUCAAGACAGAGCUGGGACAUUCUGUGACUUCAGGAUUGAUGUACUGGAUGAAGAUAUCUGUCAAGUACGCAUGGAUUUUGAACAGUUUUCUCUCAGUGGGCCACACAGAACACUUGGUAUAUGCCGUAAUGACCGUUUUAUUGUGACCACCUCACUACCAAAUGGCAUUGGAUUAUCAGAACUAUGUGGAGAAAAUGGUGGACAACACAUAUAUGUCCCUGUUGAUGCAGCCAUUGGAAGUGCUUCUGUUUCCAUUAUGAUAAUGACCUCUGGCAUAAAACCAUAUCAAUGGAGAAUACGAGCAACACAAAUCAACUGUAAGGAAAAUGUCAACCUUGCAGCUCCACAAGGCUGUUUGCAGUAUUACACAGAGCUAUCUGGAAGCAUCCAAAGUUUUAAUUAUUACCAUGGGCAGGGACACUACCAAAGCAAUCUGGAUUAUUCUAUUUGUAUUCUUCGCUCUCCAAAUACGUGCCGUGUUGAGUACAGACAAGCAGAGGAUUCAAUAUUUUGGAUAAAUUCUGCAGACAGUGAGUACCUGGAGGAGAAUAUAGGACGUGCAGGCACAGCAAGCUGUGAUCUAACAACCCAUGAUUACCUUCACAUUCCCGAUGGACGGGGAGCAACUAGUGACGAUUAUGAUGAUGAAACACAGUUCCAUGAUGAUCCUAGUAGUUUCUCUACCUCAUCAAGUGAUAAAUUCUGUGGGAGAAGUCUAUCUGGUUUAGCAGUUAUUGAAGAGGCAGAGCAUUUGAGGUCUGGAUAUGUUUUAGACCCACCAGAAAAUACAUCAGUUUCAUCAGCAGUUACAAGUUUUGCAUCUGGACCUAUAGUGCUGAGAUUUCAUAGUGAUGAUGUUACAGAGCCUGAAAAAGAAACGGGAUUUUACAUUACUUACAAGCAACUAGGAACAGGUUGCAUGCGGUCCCUAAAAUAAACAUUCUGCUCAACAAUUACAAAGAAAAUUUAUGUAUUUAUUUAUUGUAUUUAUAUAAGAGUAAGGUGUAUUGAAAAUCUCUAACAAAAUCCACAGAGCAGAUACUCAUCAAAGUAAUAGUUAACUAGAUAUUAUAAAUAAGAGUCAUAUGUCAGAAACACUAAAGGCCUGUACUUUGACCCAUAACAUUAGACAAAAAUAACAAGAAAAUGAUGAAUUAGACUGCCUAAUUUAGUGUAUGUGAUUUCCUUGCUGCCAAUCAUUAGAAUUCAUUAAAUUGCAAGCUAAACUUGGAUGAUGAACCAGAGUUGUCAUCAAAACAUAACAAGAUAUAAUAUAGCAGUACUCUACUAGAGAUGACUGCUAUUUUUGUCAAAUGUUUCGAACAUUAAGGUACAGCUGGAUUAUGAGAUUCAUGGUUGUAUGGUGCAGUGGUGCUGAAGGUCAAAUAUAUAGAGACUUUAUGAAGUACUCUUAUUAAGCUGCAUAACCUAUGAACAGCUUCACAAAAAUGUCAUAUUCACCUGGUAAUCAUUGCUGCUUCCAGUAUCCUGCACUUGGAAAUUCACACACCAUAAGCUCAUUCUGCUGAUUUUUAACCUGUCGGUAAUGUAUGUUGUUAGCUUAGGGCACACAAGAUUACAGUUAUCAGCAGAGAUAAUGUAUAAUUGAAUAUUUUGUGUUCAUUUGUUGGUUACCAACUGUGUAGGAUUCCAUUAUUGUUCUGGUGUAACCACAAGCGCUGGAACAAAGAUGAAGAAUGCAAGAGAAGAGAAGGCUGUGAAACGACAUUGGCCAAUAGUGCACUGACCAGGACAUCACCACAAUUGGAGCAGCAUCCAGCCAAAGUGAAUAUAAGCACCACUCAUGCCAGCCUUGGCCAGAUAUUAGUGGACAGUAUUAGCACGGCCUAGCAAAAAGUGCUACAGUAUCAGUUAUUAGUAAUCCACAUCCAUUGCUUGUUUGGACAUUGUCUAUGGCAAGGAGCAUUACUGUUUGCAUGUUGACCAUCACUUGUGAUACUUGUUCUAACUACAAAGUUAAGUAUUGUCAAUCUGCGUUAUUGAGAUAAAACUAUUUAUGUUAUUUGCUUGAAUUGUUGUAUAGCAUUCCAAGAACGCAGCAUACAUUUAGGCACCCUAUAUGAGACGAGUGGACAGGACUCCACACUUAUGUAGUUCAA